AUGGAUAACAUCCACGUUCUUUCUGUAUCACCGAGGGCUGAGAUGAAUGAGGCACUGAUCCGAGCCUCCAUGUACCGCUUCCUUUCCAUGCUGGCUGCCACCAGUUUGGGUUUGCCUCUGUCUACAAUGCCAAUGGUGAUGAGGGUGUUCUGGUUUGAUGCCAGGCAGGUUAGUCUUUGUAUUUGUCUUACUCAACUAUUUUUAACUCAUUUGUACUCAUUCUUGGAGUCCUCGGUGCUUCUGGCCAUGGCCUUUGAUCGUUAUGUGGCCGUCUGCUACCCACAGAAGUACUCCUCGAUCCUCACCGGUGCCAGGACAGGCAGGACUGGGCUGGCUGCGUGCAGGUGCGCCUUACCAACUGUUCCCCCAUCUAUGGUAUUAAAAGCGUUGCCCUUCUGCCAGUCCCAUGCCCAUGCCUGCUGUCUGCAUCAGGACCUGAUCAAGCUGGUGUGUGCAGUCAUCACGUUCAAUAACUGGUGUGGCUUCGCUUUAACCAGUCUCUUCCUGAUGUUAGGUUUCCUCCUCAUCUUUGCAUCCUAUAAUUGCUGGGGCCGUUCUGAGCAUCACACCCCGGAGGGAGCAUCUCAAGCUUUGAACAAUGGCCUGUCUCGUAUCCUGGCAGUCCUGAUCCUGUACAUCCCUAUGGCUGGUCUGCCCAUGGCUCACCGGUACAGCCAGCAUGCUUCUCCUCUCAUUCAUGUGUUCACGGCCAAUGUCCACCCGCUGGUCCUUCCCAUGCUGAACCCCAUCAUCGACAGCAUGAAAACUAAACAGAUCCCCAGGGACAUCCUCAGGGUCCUCUUGCCUGGCUGUCCCUGUAUGAGGCAGGGCAGGUGA